AUGGCGCCCGUCAUCUUCGGCUUGCCUUUCAGCGAGUUCACAUGGUCCAAAUUCGGCAAUGCCAAUAUGUGGAACAAUGUCUACCACUUGAGAAGAACGAAAUUCAUCGUCUACCAACUCGCCAUGAUCUUCUGUGUCGUCUCAGAGUCCCUCGGAACCGAUGCCUUGUCAAGAUUUGUGAGCCAGCAAAAGUACAUUGAGUCUCACGGUGGUCCUGGCGCCAGCGAGUACAACAACGACUACGUUGGUGUUGCAUCUUACAACAUCUUCGCCGGAAUCUACGUUGCUACCAUCUUUGGUGGCGCUUUCUUCUUCGACUUGAUCUGGCCUGAGAGACACGAGGACCAUGGUGUCAGACUUGGCUGGAAGCUCUCUGCCAUUGCUGGUAUCUUCAUUCACCUUGCCAGUUGUAUCGCCAUGACUGUCAUUGUCGCCACAAAGAACGCAUACGUUACUGGUCUCAGCACAGCCGAUGGAAACAGACUGGUUAUGGAGAACGGCAAGACCCCUCUCGACUACAGACACAGUGCCCGUAUCGUUACCUCGGUCGUCUUCGGAUGGAUCGGUUGGAUCUUCGUUAUUGCUAGCACUGUCAUCCUUGUCGUUGGCAAGACCCACGAUGAGAAGGUUGGACCCUGGAGCACACAUGUCCGCGAGGCCAAGAAGAACAACAUCGAUGUUGAGUCCAACUUUGUCUCUGGACAUGCAUCGGAGAAGCCUUUGACCAACCCUCUUACUGGCGAGCAACCCGAGGCACUCCAUCCCAACCGCCCUGAAGCUGCCCACGUUCACGAGCCCACUCGUGUUCAGGAGGCAUCUGCAGAGACGUCGAACCACCACAGCUUUGAUUCAAGCGCACCUCCCGUCAACCCUGCCCACGUUUGA